ACUCAAUAUGGAAUCAAUAUAACACUCAUUUAUGAAUUUUUGAAUGAUUGUGAUUUAGGAAUAUUUUAUCAAAUUCAUUAUUUUUAAAAUAUUUUUCUCUGUUUCCUUUUCAUUCAUUCUUUAUUUUAAAAGAUAUUUUCUAAUUCCAGAAUUGUUUAUUGUGUCAUUAUCAAGAAUAAUCUAGACGCUCUUGAAAUUUCAUUUCCGUGUUUCCGUUCUUUUCGUUUGUCGGGUUUUCUUGUACACCACAGGAACAAGAUGGGAAUUGAUAUCAAUCACAAAUAUGACCGUAAAGUUCGGCGUACCAAGCCGAAAUCAGAAGACGUGUACCUCGCUCUUCUUGUCAAACUGUACAGGUAUCUGGCGAGGAGAACUCACUCGAAGUUCAACAAGAUCAUCUUAAAACGUCUGUUUAUGUCAAGAAUUAAUCGGCCACCGAUUUCUCUGGCCAGGAUUGCACGGUUCAUGAAGAAGCCGGGCCGUGAAGGUCUGAUUGCUGUCGUAGUCGGAACUGUCACCGAUGAUCUUCGUAUUUGGGACUUCCCCAAGAUGACAAUUUGUGCUCUCAGAGUGACUGAGAAGGCAAGGGCGAGGAUUCUGAAGGCUGGAGGUGAAAUUCUAACUUUCGACCAGCUUGCGAUCAAAGCUCCAACUGGAAAGAAGACAGUCCUUAUGCAAGGAAGACGCAAGGCGCGCGAAGCAGAGCGUCACUUUGGUCUGGCUCCAGGUGUGCCACACAGUCACAGCAAGCCGUACGUGCGAUCGAAGGGCCGCAAAUUCGAGCGGGCUAGAGGCCGAAGGCGUAGCUGUGGUUACAAGAAAUAAUCUGUUAUACUUGUUUAGCGUUAACAUCUUUUGCUAAAUAAACGCUCUAUUGCUAAAUAGCG